UCAAGGAGGUGGAGCGAGGGAGAUGGUGUCCGCCUCCUGUUCUUCCCUGCCGUUCUUCGGAGGAGCCUGAACGGGGACAAAACACGCUGAACUCGACACAAAGCAGGGGGCACACGCUGGCGCUGGCGCUAGAGGCGAGUCCUGGGGGCUGGGGCUGGGGCUAGGAACGAGCGGGCCAGGGAGGGGAGCGGUCUGGGCAGAGGAGCGGGUCUGGAACUCCGCGCCCAGGACGGAGCGGAGGAGCCUUCGGAGGAAGGCAGCAGCGCCCCGGAGCCUGAGUGUGCAGGGACGCUCUUGGCAGGGAAGGCGGCGGCGGCGGCGGCGGCAGCAGCAGCGGCAGCGAUGGAGAGGAAAGUCUCCUGAGCAGCACCAGCAAACUUCAACGGUGUCCUAGGCUCCCCGGCCCCUCUGCUUCCGUACUUCCCUCCCCGCGCGCCUCGUCCUGUCUUUCCCCAUGUGCAGCCUCGCGGCCGGAGCUCUCCUCUUCGCAGGCGGAUGGGUGACCCUUUCCUGGCAGGGGCAGGCUGUUUGAGGCGGCGGAGCGGGCGAUGAAGAAGAAACAGCAGCAGCAACAGCACCACAGCGGCACAGACCCCUGGACCCAUGCGGCCCCUGGGGGAGCCCCUCCGGGGCCAGGCAGCUGGAAACGCCCAGUUCCUUGCCUGCCUUUUCUGCGCUUCUCCCUCCGGGAUUACGGUUUCUGCAUGGCCACCCUUUUCGCUUCUGCCUGGGCUCCUCUUCUAUCAGCUCACGGGGGACCCCCUCGCUUCCUGCUCGACCUGCGGCAGUACUUGGGUAAUUCCACUUAUUUGGAUGACCAUGGGCCAUUCCCUAGUAAGGUACUUCCUUUCCCGAGCCAAGUGGUUUAUAAUAGAGUUGGAAAAUGUGGAAGUCGUACUGUAGUCUUACUUUUGAGGAUCUUGUCGGAAAAACAUGGAUUCAAUUUGGUUACAUCAGACAUUCAUAACAAAACCAGACUGACCAAAAAUGAACAAAUGGAAUUGAUUAAAAAUAUAAGUACUGCAGAACAGCCCUAUUUAUUCACUCGGCAUGUUCAUUUUCUCAACUUCUCCAGAUUUGGAGGAGACCAACCCGUGUACAUCAACAUUAUUAGAGAUCCUGUAAAUCGCUUUUUAUCAAACUACUUUUUCCGUCGAUUCGGUGACUGGAGAGGGGAACAGAACCAUAUGAUCCGCACACCAAGCAUGAGACAGGAAGAACGUUAUCUAGAUAUCAAUGAGUGCAUUCUUGAAAACUAUCCUGAAUGUUCCAACCCAAGAUUAUUUUACAUCAUACCAUAUUUUUGUGGACAACAUCCAAGAUGCAGGGAGCCUGGUGAAUGGGCCCUUGAAAGAGCAAAAUUGAACGUGAAUGAACAUUUCCUGCUUGUGGGAAUCCUUGAAGAGCUGGAAGAUGUGCUGCUUUUACUGGAAAGAUUUUUACCUCAUUACUUCAAGGAUGUACUCAGUAUCUACAAAAACCCAGAACAUAGGAAACUUGGAAACAUGACUGUGACAGUAAAAAAGACCGUCCCUUCUCCUGAGGCCAUUCAAAUUCUCUACCAACGCAUGAGAUAUGAGUAUGAAUUCUACUACUUUGUCAAAGAGCAGUUCCACCUCCUCAAGCGCAAAUUUGGCCUCAAGUCUCGCGUCAGCAAACCAGCCGUGAGGCCACAGUUCUUUAUUCCUACUCCACUGGAAACUGAGGAACCAAUAGAUGAUGAGGAGCAAGAUGACGAAAAGUGGUUGGAGGACAUCUACAAGAGGUGAUGCAAGCACCACGCCCACCUCCAAGGGACUCAUCCCUCUUUCUUGAGUGCUUUUUUG